AAACGAGAAUAUUUCAAAUAUCAAAUAUAUUUUAGUGCGUCUAGUAUUAUUAAUGAAACAUUACAAAUAUGCACCAUAAUUAUGCAGUGUGGUUUUUAUAAGAUUACAUUUAACUAAAUAGAAACUUCAUUAUUUUAUUCAAAAAUACACAGUUGAAGACUGAUCAUCAAACUAAAAUAAUCCAUUCGCUUUUACCUUUAACCGAUAUUUGCUUGUCAUAUGAGCUUAAUCAAAUUUUCCACGCUAUAAAUAUCCUUCACAUGUAAACCCGUGUAACUAAACGCAAUUUUUGACAACAAUCGUCAACAAUGGUGGAAACGGAUUCCGUGACAUACAAGGCAGUGUUCGUUUUCUGAGACGAAAAAUUAUCAAUUAUGGUCAAUACUUCACACGAAAUCAUUACUGCGAUGAUAUUGCAAUAAUAUUUCGCUUAAUAUUGUUACAAAACCAUAAGAAUGUGUGAUGUUUGUUCGGAGUUUUCACAGCUUUUACUAAAUUGUGAGGCAAGAUUAACUGACGAUGUUUCCCAAUACCCAACAAUAAGCCAAUUCGAGCUAGAGACUGUCCUGAACUACAUUAUUUCUUGGCCUCAACGGCAAUGCAUGUGCUGCUACCGAGAUGUAAAAAACUUUGAAAGGUUUUAUUUAGUGGUGCAGAGUAUUUUAUGUUUGUCUGUGUGUCAACUGAAGCUGCUCAAGGAUGAGUUGAUAGCUGCAGCUAAGACAUCACCCCCUGAAGAGUGUGAGGAGAAGCCUGAGCCACCUGAACCUUCCCCAUCCAGCAAUGAAGAGAAAAGUGAUGAGCCCAAGGACGAACAGGCUCCUCUUGAGCCUGAGGAGUCUAAAACACCCGUGGAGCCGAGUGAGACUGCAGAAGUUCCAUCGACAGCAUCAAAACCUACAGUCACUGAUGAUGCUGAAAUCUGGUCUUUACAGCAAAAGGAAAAGCUCAUGGCAAUUGUCUCGAAAAUUUUCCUUCUAAAUUUCCCUUUAUACUUAGCUUGUAAACACUCAGCGCUAAGUCGCUUAGAUGACCUGUCUGCUCAAGAGAUUUCAAAUUUAAGUUCUUACUGUGACUUACAUGAUACAGAAAUACCUGCAUACUUACUACGUAAUGUUAGCUUGUUCUGUAAGCUAGGUGGGGUGUGUGCAAUGACAUCAGUAUUUGAGCAUGCGUCGCCCAGCACGCUGCCACUGUCCAUGGCACAUGCGAUCGUGGCUGCUGUUGGUAAUCUCAAGCUGUGGUUGAACUUUCGAGCUGUGGCACAGCUGUUCAUGCCAUUGAGGAGUAAAAUCUUAAAAUACAUGUGCAGUUUGGAGGACAAAGAUCUUAGAGUACCAGCUGUGAAGUCUAUGGCAGAUUUCAUGUGGGGAGCUGCAAAAGAGCCUCUAGACGCUCCUCUCACAUUUGACGGUGAUGGUCUAGCCUUAGCCUUCAAAUACUUCAACAGCAGCACUCUGACAAUGAGAUUAGCAGGGGUAGCACAAAUCAACGCGCAUAUAGCGGCACAUAAUGAGUUGUGUGCGGGGGAGCCGGCGCAAGAUGCUGAGGUGGCUGGCCAGCAGUUGGCAACCUGGCUUACACAGAAUAAUAUCAUAGAGCAUCUGUUUGGACCUAAUCUACAUGUUGAGGUUAUCAAGCAAUCACACAUGAUCCUCAAGUUCCUGGCAGUGGAAGGUCGUGUGACAUCGGAGCAUGUGGAACUAGUAUGGGCUGCAGCACAACUCAAACACUGUGGGCGACAGGUGUAUGACUUGUUGCCAGGGUUCAUACGUGCAUUAGCGCCUAAGCCAUGCUCACAUCUGUACAGCCUGCUAUGCUCGCUGCCGCCUAAGGAGCAUACUGAACAGAGCCUGUACUUAGCUUCAGCGCUGAUGCGCGCGAUGUGGUCCCGCGGCGCAGCAGGCGCGGGCACGCCGCCGCCGGAGGACGCGCGGCUCAAGCCCGCCUGCAAGCCCGGCCACUCCUCCAGCGAGGCCAGCGUCAGCAUGGAGCAGACCAACUCUGACGACGACCCGUGUGAAGAGCUAUCCACAUCGGGCGAGGAAGCGGGCCCUACGCCGCGCAAACAGAGCAAACACCAGCGAGAACUCACAGCAGAACAAGAAGAGUGGCUCCGUGAAGGUGAAGAGCUGACAAAGAAGGAAUGCGCCACUCUCAAAUCGUGUCAAAAGCGCGGUAAGCGCGCAGGCAGCAGCGGCAGCGCGAGCAGCGGCGCCGAGGAGCUGCUGCGGCCGCGCAAGAAGAAGCUCUACAAGAAGCGGCACAAGACCACCAAGCAGAGGCACUUCCUAGCAACACAACUGAAGACGGCCGACUUGGCAGAAUCUGUGUCGGAGGUAGAAGAAGAGUCGUCAGGCAGUGAGACGGCACACUGUCAGCUGUUCAGCGAUAAUGUGGACGCCAGCAGGAGGCUAAUGGAACUCCGCCUAAUGGAGAGCUACAACAAACGCCGAGGCGAAGAGGAGGAGGGCAGCGCCUCCUCCGCCAUUUCUCCUCACUCGCACCGCCUGCCCGACCUCGACGAGGAUGACUCGGCCUGCGAGGAGGAGUUAGCACGACUUGCUGCGCAGGCGCAGUGCCUCACGGGCUACGCAGGCGGCGCGCUGUCCCCCCGCGCGCGCCCGCCCUCGCCCGCCGCGCCGGCGCCGCUGGCCUGCAACGUGGACGACGUGUGCCGCCCCGGCAACACGCUGCUCUGGGACUUGUUGCAGGACGGGGCUAUUGAGCAACUCGGCGAAGGCCUAGCCCUAGAGGCGGAGAAGGCGCUGUGCGCGCUGCUCUGCUUUAGCACCGACAAAUUCAUCCGAAUCAAGUUUAUCGAGGGGUGCCUUGAUAAUCUUGCCAAUCACAGGUCUGUGGCAGUCUCGCUUCGUCUUUUGCCGAAGUUAUUUUCGUCAUUUCAACAACUACGCGGAAUGGAUAUGCAUCAGGUGGUAAUGUGGGCAGAGCGCGAACGCGGCAUGAUGCGAUUAUUUCUCGAAGACCUGCGUCACUACGCGUCCCAACCGCGGGCCGCGGGCGAGGCGGCUCAUUACGCGCACAUCACCGAGCUCACCGUGCGGCUGCACUUCCUCACCGCCAUCUUCUCCCCCGUCGGGUCGCCGCAGCACUUCCGGUUAACAGUGGAUCAAGUAGAAGAGCUAUGGCAGUGUCUCGUGGUCCGCGGCACUCCAGAAUGCGCCGACUGCCUCUAUUCCUGGCUGCUGUCGCACACCAAGUCGCCCGAGCAGCACGCGCUGGGGCUGGACGCGCUCCGGUUCCUGUACAUCGAGAAGAUGCCCACCCUGGACCCUGAGACGAUAAGCAUCAUGGGGCUCAGCCUAUACCAGCAGCUGUGCAACCUGGCGCGCAUGGCGCUGGGCGCCGGCGGCACCGGCGACGCGCACCCGCACACGCUCGCCAUCGACCACCACGCGCACCCGCACACGCUCGCCAUCGACCACCUGUGGAAGAUCGCUCUCCGCGCCAACAGCACCGACGUUUCUAUGGGCGCCAUUCAAUACCUAAACAGCUACUACAUGGGCCAGCAAUUACUACAAGAGGACGACUUCGUGUCCAAAUGCAUGUUCCAUCUCUCCUCCGCAGCUGAGAGGCUCAUAGUGAAAGAGCAGGACGGCGAGAGCUCGAUACCGACCAUGACGUGCGAAGAGGAUAAAGAGCCGGAGAAGGUUCCGGAUAAGCAGAAUAUUUAUGAGCAUAUGACGGAGGAUGCGGCGUUGCAAUGUGUACAGAGGGCGCUAUUGUUGUUGAAAACACAUUUGGAUACUUUUAAAAGAAGAUAUGCAUAUCACCUCCGCCGCUGGGCGCUAGCGGAGUCGGGAGCCUGGGAAGGCACGGGCGGGGCCGGCACCGUCCGGCUCACACUGCAGCCGGCCGGCGCGGGGCCUCGCGCCUCGCUGAGCCUGCAUCACUCCGACCUGGUCGCUCAUCUGCGUGCCCACGUUCACUGCUGGUGGGAGCGGCAGAUACAAGGCGAGGAGGGCGUGACGGCGCUGUCGACGGACGGGCCGCUACGUAUGAUCACACAGGGGCAGGAGCUGACGAUAGACUACGAUGAGAGGACAUUAUAUGACAUGGGGUUUAAGGACAAUCAGCUGGUGUUCGUGUCAGUGGGAGUGGGCGCCCGCGCCGCCUGGGCCGAGUGGCCGUCGGCGCAGCCGGCACCGGCUCGCACCCGCCUACCCACUCUGUUGUUAUUGGACCCCGCCUACUUCAACCAUCUGUUCACGCUCAUGCAAGCGCUGGGGCGCAUGCGCGAGCCCGGCGCUAAUGGGGACUCAGUGGCCCACACGAAAGCUCAACUCUUGUCUCGGCGCGUCUGGGACAUACUCCAAGCGGUACCACUAAACCCGACUCUACUAGAAGCCUUCCAGAACCCAAUAGAAAGCAAGCUACCAGAAUUACUUGACCCCAACAGUCCACAGAAACUCAUGUACUCUCUACACAUUAUUGAUAAGCUGAGCUCUAACAAUAAUGGUCCGCCCGCGAAAGAACCUUCUGGAAGCGAGAAGACUGAAGAGGAAAAAGUUAAUGUGGAAAAUUGGAAUGAUUUGUUUAUUAAGAAAGGCGGGCUGAGGUUGUUGUAUGACAUUAUGAUGUCGGGUGUGUUACAAAGGAGUGACGAUAGUGAAUGGAGACAGGAUUGCUUAGCGUUGUUGUUGCAGCUGUUGUGUCGGAUCGGAACGCUGCCUUCUUCGGAUCCGUCGCAAACACCUAAGUUGCAUCCGUCGUUAUUAUCAUUAAUGAGCGUGGAGGAGACUACAGAAAGACUGAUUUCAAUACUGUGCGAGGCGGCGACAUCAAAGGAGCCCACUACCUAUAAAACGGGCUUCUGGGGUCGAGCGCAGGUUGUCCAGCAUGCAAUGCGCAUGUGCGUGUGGUGGGCGCGCGGCGGCGGCGACGCGGUGUCGCUGGCCUGGUCGCUGCGCCGCGCCGCGCCGCGCCUGCUGCUCGACGACGCCGACCCGGCCGUUCGCCGCGAAGCCGGCAGCGCUCUGUACCGGCUCUGCUCGCGCGGGGAGGUGGCGGUCCUGGCGCCGCUGCUGCAGCUGCUGCUCGAGCAUCUGCCCCGCGCCGCCGACAUGCGACACCAGCACCAACAACAACAUGUCGAUGUGGUUCAUCAUCACGCAGAAGAAGGCAAGGAGCCGUACGGGCCGGCGUGUCGUGACUACUUCUGGUUGGUGUGCAGGCUGAUCGACGGGCUCCCUGAGGACUUUUUCAAAGAAGGCGCAACAUCAGAAGACAGCGGCGCGCCAGACUUGAACGAGCUGUGCGAGCAGAUCCGCGUGUCCCUCGAGAAACGGGAGAUCAUUGAGAAGCGCACCGAGCCGUGCACGCCCGACGACGGUCUCUAUGGCCAACUCAGUCUACUUACACAUUUGCUCAAGCAUCCGUUGCGAUUCAAGACUUCCGAGCAGGGUACUAGGACGUUAGAAAUGGUGUUCUCGUUUCUGUUCGACGUGCCCAACCCGGAGCACCGCAACCUGCCGAAGUGCAAGUCGCAGAAGUCUCGCUCCGCGGCCUACGACUUGCUGGUCGAGCUGGUCCGCGGCGCGCCCGACAACUACAUGGUGCUGCAUAACAAGUUAAUGGACCAUCAUAAACCAGGUCCCCAAUCGUCGUACCCUUGGGACUACUGGCCGGCGGAGGAGUCCCGCUCGGAGUGCGGCUACGUGGGGCUGACGAACCUCGGGGCCACGUGCUACAUGGCGUCGUGCAUGCAGCACCUGUACAUGAUGCCGCAGGCGCGCGCCGCCGUGCUGCGCGCCGACCCCGCGCACAGCCGCCACGGCGCCACGCUGCACGAGAUGCAGAGGAUGUUCGCCUACCUCAUGGAGAGUGAACGAAAAGCCUACAACCCCCGCAGCUUCUGCAAGGUGUACCAAAUGGACCACCAGCCUUUAAACACAGGGGAGCAAAAGGACAUGGCGGAGUUCUUCAUCGACCUCGUCUCCAAGUUGGAGGAGAUGACGCCGGAGCUGAAGAAGCUGGUGAAGACUCUGUUCUGUGGCGUGCUGAGCAAUAAUGUUGUUUCAUUGGACUGUCCACACGUGUCCCGGACUCUAGAAGAGUUCUACACCGUGCGUUGCCAAGUAGCCGACAUGCGGAACCUGCACCAGAGCCUCGACGAGGUCACGGUCAAGGACACGCUGGAGGGAGACAACUGCUACACGUGCUCGCAGUGCGCGGCCAAAGUGCGCGCUGAGAAACGAGCGUGCUUCAAGAAACUCCCCCGCAUCCUCUGCUUCAACACGAUGCGGUACACGUUCAACAUGCUGACCAUGCUGAAAGAGAAGGUCAACACUCACUUCUCGUUCCCCAUGCGGCUGGACAUGUCCGGAUACGUCGAGAAACAUCUCAUGCCGGCACAGUAUCAAGAAGAGAAAAGGAAAUCUGCGGACACGAAAAAGGAAGGUGACAGUAGUCCAAGCACAGAGUCUGAAGAUAACUUGGACACAGAAGAACAUCACGAGUACGAGCUAAUAGGCGUAACAGUCCACACGGGUACCGCCGACGGCGGGCACUACUACUCGUUCAUCCGCGACCGGCAGCACGCGCACCACGACCGCUGGCUGCUCUUCAACGACGCCGAGGUCAAGCCCUUCGACCCGGCGCACAUCGCCGCCGAGUGCUUCGGCGGGGAGAUGACGAGUAAAACCUACGACUCAGUGACGGACAAAUUCAUGGACUUCUCAUUCGAGAAGACGAACAGCGCGUACAUGUUGUUCUACGAGCUGAGUCCGCCGCGGAGCCAGCGUGGGUCCGAAUGCGGCCCGCAGGAGGAGGCGCAGUCGUCGACAGCGGGCGAGUCUCCGCAGGCGGUGGAGCGGCGAAGCGACUCGACGCCCAGCGUGAGGCUACCCCCCGACUUGCUCAAGUGGAUAUGGGACGACAACAUGCACUUCCUGCACGACAAGAACAUAUUCCAGCACGCGUAUUUCACGUUCAUGGGUCAGAUGUGCAGUUCAGUGCCGCAGUCGCUAAUGACGCUACGGCCAGAGGUCACGGAGGUCGCGGCCCGGCUCUCCACGUCCUUCUUCAUCGAGACGUUCAUACACGCGAAGGAGAAGCCUACGAUGGUGUCGUGGGUGGAGCUGGUGACGAAGCAGUUCAACGCGUCGGCGGCCGCCUCCGAGUGGUUCCUCGGCCACAUGGCGGACGACACGUGGUGGCCUAUGCAGGUGCUAAUAAAAUGCCCGAACCAGAUGGUCCGUCAAAUGUUUCAGAGGCUAUGUAUGCACGUAAUACAAAGGCUCAGAUCUAGUCAUUGUGCCUUAUACCUGCAAGGUAUGGAGGAAGGCGAGGAUAACAGCAAGUUUGGUGAAGCGAGUUGUGUUACUAGGUUUAUAAGAAUGUUAUUGUCACUGAUGGAGAACGGAGCGCGAUCUCACCUGCGGCACCUCACCGAGUACUUCAGCCUGCUGUACGAGUUCAGCAAGAUGGGCGAGGAGGAGGGCAAGUUCAUGCUGCGGAUCAACGCCAUCGCCAGCAUGGUCAGCUUCUACCUGGGCCAGAACACCGCAACGGUGGAAUCACCAUCGGAAGAAGCGGGUGGCAGCGGAAGUGGAAGCGGUAGCGGCAGUGGGAACACAGAAAGCGCAGGCGAUAAGUUACGACCGGGCGCUCUAGACAAAAUGGUGGCGCUAGUGGCGGGUCUUGUGGAGCGGUCGAGGGACGCCAGCGGGCAUUUAGCGUUGCAAGAGGCUGAUGCUAAGGCGCUGCUUCAUGCUAAGGGUUUCCCGUUCAUCUACCAGCAGACGCGCGACUGCCUGAGCCUGCAGCAGACGCGCGCGCUAGUGUUCGCGCUGUGCCGCUGGAACGAGCCGCUCGCGCAGAAGAUCGUCAGCAUGAUCUUCCAGGCCAUCGCCAAGCACUCCGAGAGCUGCGGGUCCUUCUUCAAGUUGCUGACGCUAUUGGUUGAAGGAAGCGGCGGCGGCGCGGGGGCCAGCGGCGGGCUGCCCUGUUUUACCCAGCUAGUGCUGGCGCGGCUAUGGGACUGCGCGGACGUGUGCCCUCACGCUGCGCUCGAAUGGCUCGCGUUACAGGUCCCGCGCAACAAGGCGGCUCACGCUUGGGCGCUGCGCACAGCGGAGCGCUGGGUGGAGCCGCAGCUGCUGGCGGCUCCGGCGGCGCGCGUGCGGGCCGCGGCCGCGCUGCUGCUGGUGGCGCUGGUGCCGUCGCAGCACUUCCGCCAGGGCUACGCGCGCGCGCGCCCGCCGCCCGCCGCGCCGCACCAAGCCAAGCUGCCCGACACGGCGCACCACACGCUGCACCAGGUGUACACAAUGCUCCUGGGCAAGCUGAAAGCGGCGCGGAAAUACACCGACAUAGCGGUGCACGGCACCAUGAAGCUGACGGCAUAUUUCGGUGUCAUGUCUUACUGCGUCGUCAGCCGCGUCGAGAAGCUCAUGUUCGGCCAGUACUUCAACGACCUCUGGGACCUGUACCACCCGGCGAUAUCAGAGCCCUCGGUAGCGGUUCAUCCGAACAAACAGGCGCUAUUAACAUUUUGGCACGCUGUGUGUGUGGAUUGCGCGGAAAAUGUUCAGCUGGCGGUGGCCAACCAGCGGCUCACGAAGCACAUAGCGUUCAACUAUAUACUUGCGGACCACGAGGACGGUGAAGUAGUAGCGUACAACCGCGCUAUGCUCCCUCCCUACUACGCUCUCCUGCGGCUGUGCUGCCGCCGCUCGGGUGCCUUCGCUCGCUCGCUCGCCCAGCACCAGAACAUACACUGGGCCUUCCGCAACAUCGCGCCGCACGCGCACCUCUACCCCGGCGCGGCGGAGGAGCUGCUCAGGCUAGCACGUAUCCUGGCCGCGCGCGGUAGCGGCAGCAGCGGCAACAGCAACAGCAGCAGCAGCAGCGGGGAGGCGGACGGGCGGGAAGCGGCCGCCUUCCGCCGCAGCACGCUGUCCGCGUAUCUACAGGGUUUAAACGGCAGGACGUGUUGGACGACGUUGAUAUCGGCGUUCUGCACGCUGGUCGAGAACGAGGACGACAGGCUGUACGUCGUGUAUAAUGGAGGGCUGCAGAUGACCUUCGAGGCGUUACACAGUCUACACGCAGUCGUAGUCGAAGGCGGCAGCGGCUCCCACGGCGUCCGCGAGGAGCUGCUGGCGGCGCUGCGCUGGGCGCGGGCGCUGUGCCGCACGCUGCGCACCCGCAGGGACGCCAAGGAGGCGCGCGCGCUGCUGCUGGCCUGCAAGGACUGGCCCGAGUGCGCGCGCCGGCUGCUCACCAUGCUCAACCUGCACGCGCGCCCCAAGCAGCUCCGGGACCUGGCGUUAGGCGUGCUGCGCGAGCUGGUGAUGAUCGGCGGCGGCGCGGCGCUGGGCGCGCUGGUGCCGCUGGCGGCCGGCGUGCACGCCACCGCGCGCGGCGCCGCCCGGCCGCGCGCGCGCGCCAGCCUGCACCCCUGCGCGCCGCGCGCGCCGCCGCCCGCGCAGCCCGCCGUCUACCGGCCCUACCACAAGUUCAUCGACACUUGUUGCCGAGUGGCGUGGCGACAACGAUGCAUGUCGGAGCAGUUAGUCCUCCUUUCGGCGCUGUGUGCGUUAGAAGCGGUACCGCUGCGGUUUAAUUACUUCGCAGCCUUCUGGUACGAGGUCGCCACAACGCCGGGGGACACAAAGCUAGAAGAAAUGCUGCUAGAGUGUAGUGUAGUAUCAGAAUACGUCGAUGCCGUGUUUGACGAGCGCGAGUCGCUCGAGGAUCCUGCUAUACACGACUUCGUGAGGCACUACUAUCCUAAGCUGAGCGGCUGCGGCGCAGCAGCGGGCGCGGCGGCCCUGUCGGAGGAGCUGUGCGGCGCGGCGUCACGCGCGCCCGCCGCCGGCCUGCUGGGGCCCGUGCGCGCGCUCGCGCUGCUGCUGCCGCGCGCGCGCCUGCCGCCGCCCGCGCGCAGCGCGCUGCUCAGGGCCACGGCCACGCUGCAGCACAGGAUGGGUGAGUACUGUGAGGAGCUGUGCCGCCGGCCUGCUGGGGCCCGUGCGCGCGCUCGCGCUGCUGCUGCCGCGCGCGCGCCUGCCGCCGCCCGCGCGCAGCGCGCUGCUCAGGGCCACGGCCACGCUGCAGCACAGGAUGGGUGAGUACUGUGAGGAGCUGUGCCGCCGGCCUGCUGGGGCCCGUGCGCGCGCUCGCGCUGCUGCUGCCGCGCGCGCGCCUGCCGCCGCCCGCGCGCAGCGCGCUGCUCAGGGCCACGGCCACGCUGCAGCACAGGAUGGGUGAGUACUGUGAGGAGCUGUGCCGCCGGCCUGCUGGGGCCCGUGCGCGCGCUCGCGCUGCUGCUGCCGCGCGCGCGCCUGCCGCCGCCCGCGCGCAGCGCGCUGCUCAGGGCCACGGCCACGCUGCAGCACAGGAUGGGUGAGUACUGUGAGGAGCUGUGCCGCCGGCCUGCUGGGGCCCGUGCGCGCGCUCGCGCUGCUGCUGCCGCGCGCGCGCCUGCCGCCGCCCGCGCGCAGCGCGCUGCUCAGGGCCACGGCCACGCUGCAGCACAGGAUGGGUGAGUACUGUGAGGAGCUGUGCCGCCGGCCUGCUGGGGCCCGUGCGCGCGCUCGCGCUGCUGCUGCCGCGCGCGCGCCUGCCGCCGCCCGCGCGCAGCGCGCUGCUCAGGGCCACGGCCACGCUGCAGCACAGGAUGGGUGAGUACUGUGAGGAGCUGUGCCGCCGGCCUGCUGGGGCCCGUGCGCGCGCUCGCGCUGCUGCUGCCGCGCGCGCGCCUGCCGCCGCCCGCGCGCAGCGCGCUGCUCAGGGCCACGGCCACGCUGCAGCACAGGAUGGGUGAGUACUGUGAGGAGCUGUGCCGCCGGCCUGCUGGGGCCCGUGCGCGCGCUCGCGCUGCUGCUGCCGCGCGCGCGCCUGCCGCCGCCCGCGCGCAGCGCGCUGCUUAGGGCCACGGCCACGCUGCAGCACAGGAUGGGUGAGUACAGUGAGGAGCUGUGCCGCCG